AUGAGGCCUUUCUUCGAUUCUGAUAUUGUCGUAAACUUUACUCUAUCUGAAGAAGUAAUACAAAGAGAAAAAAAAAUUAUAGAAAAUAAUAAAAGAGCUAUACACGAAUUUCAGAAAGAAAAAUUAUUACAAGAAGGAAAAAAAAAUUGGGAUAAAUUUUAUAAUCAUUAUAAAACAAAUUUUUUUAAAGAUAGAAAAUGGAUUAAAGUUGAGUUUGAUCAUAUUUUUAAAGAUGGAGAUUUAUUAAAUGACUCUAAGAAUUAUGAAAAGGAGCAAAAAGAAAAAAGGAAAAUAAUUUUAGAAAUGGGAUGUGGUGUAGGAAAUACAUUAAUUCCACUUUUACUAGAGUAUUGUAAUUGUGAUUUUAUUGGAAUAGACUUUUCUAAAAAUGCGAUAAAUUUAUUGAAUGAAAAAUGGAAAAAAAUUGUUCAUAUAAAUGAGACGUUAAAAAAUGACCAAAUGAAUAGCCAUAAAGAUGCAGUGAUAAGUAGUGAUUGUUUAUCUAAGGAAAAAAUGAAUGAACAGAAUUUAAAUGACUUAUUAUCUCUUAGCGACAUUUCAAAUACCGAAAACCAUAAAAUCGAAAAUAUUAAUGAUGCUGUUAGGAAUAAUAUUUCUACUGAAAAUGGUUACAUUAUGGAAUAUGAAGAUCAAGGAGAAGGGGAAAAUUAUUCAUGUAUCUACGAUUUAAAAGAGUAUAAAAAAUUAGGGAACUUAAUAAAAACAUUAGUAGUGGAUAUAACAUCAGAUAGCGAAGUAUCGACUGAUUUAAAUGAAUUGGGGUUUGUUGAUGUUGUUUUACUUAUAUAUGUUUUAUCAUCUGUUUCACCAGAAAAAAUGAUAAAUGUAAUUUUAAAUUCAUAUAAAUAUUUAAAAAGUGGUGGUUAUGUUUUAUUAAGGGAUUAUGGAUUGUAUGAUUUAACACAAGUCCGAUUUGCUAAUAAGAAAGAAAAAAAAAUUUCUGAUAAUUUUUAUGUUCGCGGGGAUAAAACAUUUGUUUAUUUUUUCACAACAGAAGAACUUCGUAACUUGUUUUGUCAAAAUGAUAUGUUUGAAGAAAUUCAAAAUAAAUAUAUUACUAGAAUUGUUAAAAAUCGAAAAAGAAAUUUAGAAAUGAAAAGAAUAUGGGUGCAAUCAAUUUUUAGAAAAAAAUAA